UACCAGCUAAACGUGUGUCUUUUGCUACGGGUUAAAUUGGCUUCAGGUUUCGGCAAAGACUGGCUGAAAGUGUCCAAAAAUGGCAAGCACCGAUGCAGACCUCAAAGACCAGCAGUCGAAGGACAUGUUCUCCACUUUAAUGGAAAAUGGGAAAUGGCUGUACAGCAAAGGAGAGUUUAAAAAAGCUAUAGACAGCUUCACAAACGCUCUGGCUUUAAAGCCUUGUGACAAAAGCUGCUUUGUUGGUCGGGCCAGAUGUUACCUAAAGGUGGGACAGUUUGAAAACACUUUGAGAGAUGCAGAAGCUUCACUUAAAAGUGACAAGUCGUUUUCCGAGGGCUUGUACAUGAAGGCAGAAGCUUUACACUACAUGGGAGAAUUUGAAUUUGCUCUGGUGUUUUACCACAGAGCCUAUAAUCUACGUCCAAAAACAGAAAAGUUCAGACUGGGUAUGCAGAAAGCCCAGGAGGCCAUAGAAAACUCUGUUGGCAGUCCUUCCUCUGUAAAACUGGAGAUUAAAGGAGACCUAUCAUGUUUCAGCAAAGGUGGUGAGAGAACACAACCAAUUGCAGCUAUCCAGAAUCUCACAAAUGAGAAAAAACAGAUGACCCCAAAGAGUGAAAACACAACCAAAAAUCUUCUGGGAGAAUUUUGUAGUGACAAGAAAUUUCUUGAAAAUCUGAUGAAAGAUGAAGGCUUGAUAAACGGAACAACAAAGGAUGGGGAGCAGCUGAAGGACAUCAUUCAGAGCAGCCUCUCAUGUCUUGACACUUGCGCUGAAUUUUGGCACCAGGAGAAGCCGAUUUCUGUACAAGACAGGACACAGAAGGUCAUGCAGGUCGUGCAGCAACAAUCCACAAAGCGCCGUCACAGUGCACCCUCUGACCCAGCUCGGUUUCUGAUGAAAAGCCUGGAUGAAAUUGAUGCAGAGUUGAUGUCGGGAAAUGCAGAAGGUUGUCUGAAGAAGGCAGAAGAAGUCAUGAAGAUAGCCCAGAGGUGGUCAGAUAAAGAGAUUCCUAAUAAAAAAGAGGUUCUAGACAGCUUGCACAGUUGCAUUGGCAAUGCUUUGGUUGAUGUGGGAGAUAAGUACAAAGCAUUAGAGCAUCAUCAGAAGGAACUGGAGUUGGCUAAAUGCAAACUCCCAGGAGCAAUGUCCAGUGCUCUUGACAACAUUGGCCGAGUCUACGUUCAAACUGGACAGUUUGCACGGGCCAUUGAGGUCUGGGAAAAGAAGCUCCCCCUGGUUUGUGGUGAUUUGGAGAAGACAUGGUUGUUGCACGAGAUCGGGUUGUGUUACCUGGAGCUUGAUCGUCAUAAAGAAGCCCGAGACUAUGGCACCCGUUCAGUUGCUGCAGCUGAUGGAGUCGCUGAUAAGAAGUGGCAGAUGAAUGCCAAUGUUUUGGUAGCACAGUCAGAAUUGAAGCUCGGAAACUACGAAUCUUGUGUCACCCACUUUAAAAGAGCUUUGUCCUAUGCCAGACUUCUAGAAGACAACUCUGCCAUGGAUGCUGUUGAGAAGGCCCUUAAUGAAGCAAAGCAACACCGAACACGAGAACCACUUCAGUGGAGACAGUUAAAAGUGCGACUUGAGAACAAGACAGAAGACGAUUGAUUUAGUGUUCACCUGUUUUUGUGUGUGUGUGUAUUCAUGUAAACGCCUGUAUCGAACACAGAAACAAACCAAUAAAGUAUUAAAUAUGAAGGUCAUAUUAAGGGAGCCAAUAUCUCAGUUUUAUAGACAAUGGUUCACUAUGUCUCUGUGUGUGUAUAUAUGUAU